AUGAUGGAAGCAGAGCCACAGAGGCGCUUUGAAAGAGUCCUUACUGGAAAAUACAAUAGAGACGAGAGAAGAUAUAGCAUGCAGGAACAAAAGCGAUACUACAAUGACUACACAGUUCCACCUAUAUCGAGGGACCACUUAAAUCUGGAAGAGACGGCCGAUGGAAGAUAUAGGCAGCCUCGCCCAAACAACUUAUCGCAAAAUACUAGUACAGUCGCGAAUUUUCUGAAUGUUAAACCAAGCAAAUGGAGCACUUUGAGUACCAUUUUUGGAAGGGCAACGCAACUGUUGUCACCCGGAGAUUCUAUUAGGUCACGGCAGAAGGAUCAGAAACGCCAUACAGAAGCAUCUGCUUCAAGACCAGGUCCAAGAUCAAGCUCCACUCCCUACGAAGAAGCCAAGCUAGAAUCAAACGAACUACAAGAGAUAAGACAUCGCGCUCUAUAUCUAGAGAAUACUGUGACAAAAUUGACAAAAGAUCUUCAAAAGGCGCACGAAGAGGUGGCUGUUCUUACGAAAGCUGUUACAGAGAAUGAGACUAUCAUCACCCGGGCCCAUGCAACUGCCAUCUCCACGCUAGCGGACAAUGUUUCGAGAAAAAUAACCGACGAUAUGAUCAGAGAAGAGCUCAAUAAGUUCUUACAAACCGAUGUCCUCUCUUGGUGUGCCGAUUUGUGCACAGAGAGGAUUCUUGAUGAAGAUGCGGCCUUAUCUAAGCUUCUCCAAGUCGGUCUCAUUAACAAUAGCGAGAGCUAUUUGAAAAGUGCAGAAUACCUCAAGUUCACCGUAAAUACGCCUGACGGGAGCGGUCCCUUCCUGCUACUGAAGGCUGCCUUAGUCCACAGACUCUGCUACUUGUAUUUGUGUGAUGCCUACUUCUUGGCAGAAGCAUUACACAUGAAUACCAAUAGCCGCUCUAACUUGUACCAGCUUGAGAAAAACUUUGGUCAAACACAACCAAAUGCAGUAAUCGAUUGGAGGAUUCAGACUAUUGAGUGCCUGGAAAGAUCAGUACCAAUAAUGAAUGAAUAUUUGCAGAGAGAAGCUCAAAGAUUUGUGGAAAACUACGAGUUCUUACUUUCUGAGACAUAUGACCAUGAGGCCCACCAAGAUCUGGUACAGAUAUUUGCUAGCUUUGCUAGUCUGGCACUCAAACUGUGGAAAACGCGGACCAACAUCAAAUGGUAUGGCUUAAAUAGCUUUGGGAAACGACACUUUCAACCCGGUGAUCCGUGGAUAGAAGUUAAACAGUCGUUGACGUCAAGAAUGGGUGGGCAGUUAAACGGCCGCCCGAUUGGACUUUUCAUUCAUCCAACAAUUACGUCUCAAUCACCAUCAAAGAAUGAUAAAGUGGAAGAGGUGGUUUGGCUCAAAGCCCUUGCUUGGGUUUCUGAUAAAGACGAGCCAAUGGACCGGGAGGAAAUGGCACAAGCUUACUGA